AUGCCAAACCAACUGCAGAAAUCGCUGCAUGGGUACCUUUCGAAGAUCAAAAGAGAGACGGGGAAGCUGCAAUUGUCGUCGUCGAAAUCAUUGUCAACCUCGAAGAAGUGGGUGAUUAAUGGCUAUAAGCAUCCCAAGAAGCUCUCCUUCUCCUUCAAGCACCGACGACGCACCAGCAAGACCAGGUUCAACGACGACCACGUCUACCAGGAAUCCGGUCACGCCGCCACCUUGUCCGACAUCGAUCGUUUCCUCGAGGAAAACUUCAAGUCCCUCUGCAUCAGAGAUGGCGACGACGACGACAAGGAUGAGGAGGAAAGCGACCAUUUGCCGACCACUAAAAAUAAGGAGAAAAGGGAGUCCUCAGAUGACAGUGACGAGAGUGAUGAUGAUGAUGACGAUGAUGACGACGACUACCGUCAUAGAUUCGAGAGGACGUGGGGACCUGCUGUCUACGACUCGCCCAAGCCGCCAGAUCUGCGGAGAAGAGAGAAACUGUCUCCACCGCCUGGAUCGUCGACGUCGAGGUCGAACUCGUCGCAGACAGGAGGCUUGGUGCUGCCGGAGAACUGCAUCGCGGUGCUGAGGCACACGGAGGAGCCGCAGGAGGAUUUCAGGAGGUCGAUGGUGGAGAUGAUGGAGGCCAGGUUAAGGAUGCAGGAAACCGAGGUGGACUGGGACUUGAUGGAGGAGCUUCUCUUCUGCUAUCUCAACCUCAACAACAAGAAGUCACACAAGUUCAUACUCAGCGCAUUCGUCGACCUCAUCAUCGCUCUCCGCGACAAGGAGAAGACGAUCACCAGGAAAGCCCUCGUUCGCUCCCUCAGCACUCGCGCUGCCAGGGAGAGGCUCCGCAAGAAGAUGAUCCUCGCUGACUCCUUCCCUCAUAACUAA